AUGUCUUUACCUGAUAUCAUUUUCAAUAAAAUCUAUCGAAUUGUCGACACUGUACCAUAUGUUGGCACUAUUUAUACAGUUUCAAGAGCAGUCUGGUAUGGUUUUCAAGGUGAUAUGAAAGAAGUUGCAAUUUCUGCAGUAAAUGCUAUUCAAGGAUUAGUAGGAGAUAUUCUUUUAUUUAGAAGAAUCGCAGAACCGUUCAAAAUUUCAGUUAUAUGCACAAUGGUGCAAAAUGCAUCAGAUAUAGUAGUAGAAGAAGUAUUUGAUUGGUUAAAUAAUAAAAAAGUUGAUAAAGAUGGUAUCGAUCCCAGAACCAUACUUCAAGUACUGGAAGAAAAAAUUAAAUUACCAGAAUAUAAUGAAGAUUUACAUAUGUGGGAUUUUGUUAAUUAUUUUUGGGAUUUAGAAAAAGUUGAUUUUAUUGAUGAAUAA